GUGCAGGUUAUGCUUUGAAACAACGAAAGAUCAACAAAAAGAGUUAUCUGUUUCGUCAAACAUAAACGACUUUGCCAUAACGGUAUUUAUUUUAUUGUACCUCCAUUUUUAUUUGAGUUUAUCGUAGACUAAUAAAGAAGCAAGUAUUAAGAGAUCAGUGUGGCUUCAUGUCUGUCGACCAAACGUUCCAUACUCCAAGUUUCGGGGACGAAGAGUUUGAAAUUCCACCAUUAAGCUACGCACCAACUGCUGCUGCAACUAGGUGUAGCGGUCAGGGGGUUUUCGGAAAUCAGAUUCCUGUGGAAUACCUCAAACGAAAACUGAGCUGCGAUCAAAUUUGUGUGUACUUGCCUAGACAAGAAGAAAAUUAUUCAGACUGUCAAAUUUACAAUCAACACCCUCUUUCUCAUUUACGUUCACCUGAGUCUCUCCUCCAGUCUCAUCAACAACAUCAGCAACAACAAAACGGCUACCUGGUGCACCCUAGUUCACCCCAGGGUCACAUAAUGAACAACAACCAGUUCCAUAACCCCCCACAUCAACAACAAUCGAGGGGGCAUCAAGACAUGUACCAGAAUGAAAUGAUGAACCCUCAUUCCAUGGGCAUGCAAAUGCAAUAUGAUAAUCAUUCAAAUUAUUCAGAGACUUUAAUGCAGCAAGGGUCUUUACAGCAAAUGCAGAUGACUCUUAUGUCCCAACAACAACAGCAGCAACAACAACACAUGCCAAAUCCUCAACAAGUUUUCUCUACAAUUAAUCAAUCUCAAAUAUCCAGCCAACUUGGACUUCAAAUUGGAAUGGCUAAUAUGCCUCAACAACAAGGUGGUUCUCCACCUUCAAAUAACAAUUCUCCUACGGUUGUUGAAUCUAGUGAGGAUAGUGAUGACAGUACACCAUUAGCUCAGCUUAUUGGGGCAAAAAAACGACUGACUCCUGAACCUGUUGACACAAACAUACCUAAGGUAACCAAAAAACCAAAAGGUCAGAAAAAGAAGAAGAAAAGAGAUCCUAACGAACCCCAAAAACCAGUCUCAGCGUAUGCCUUGUUCUUCCGCGAUACUCAAGCAGCUAUCAAGGGACAAAGUCCUAAUGCCAGUUUCGGUGAAGUUUCAAAGAUCGUUGCAUCGAUGUGGGACAGUCUGGAUGUUGAACGCAAAAAUUCUUAUAAAAAGAAAACUGAAACUGCGAAGAAGGAAUAUUUAAAAGCUCUUGCUGCUUAUCGCGCUAACUUGGUGUCUAAAGCUGCUGUUGACCAGUCAGAUACAAUGUAUGGAAAUAAUAUUUCUAGUACUAGCCCUCCUACUACAAAUUCUCCAAACAGUUCACCAACUGGUCGCAUGAUGCCCAUGCAAAAGCAGCCAUCUCCAGUUUUGACAUCUGUUGUUGAUUCCAUGCAACCAGUUACUAAUUCUAUGAAUGUACACUCUCAAAAUCAGCAGGUCUGGCAUAUGCAAUCUCCUCAGCAUAUGACAAAUGCUACCAGUCCACCACAUGUGAUGCAUGGAGGUAAUGGCAUGAUGAACAUGCAUCAGCAGCAAAUGCAGCCACAAAUGUCACCUCCCCAACAAAUGGGAGUUAUGAACAGGCAACAAGUUCCUCCACAAAUGACUAUGAACUCACCUCCUCAGAUGUGCAACUCAGCUUCUAACAGCCCUUCCUACAACCAGAACAUGGCGACUAUGCCGUCUGGAAAUCAUCCUAAUAUGGUUAAUGCAGAUAUGAUGUCUUCGUUGCCAACUUGUUUAAGAAACGGUUGCUCCAAUCCAGCUAUUGAUAACCCUGACUGGGAUCGAGAAUACUGUAGCAGUGAAUGUGUCGUUUCCCAUUGCAAAGAUGUGUUUGCUACAUGGGUAGCACAAAGGCAAGUGAAUUCAAACCCAUAUUCAACUGUCAAGUAAUCUUGUAUCUCGCAGAGUGAUCAUUAAAAGUUACAUUUUGUACAGGGUGCAUUGACUCAACUCAGUAUUAAUUAUAAAUAAUGAUUAAUUGUGUAAUAUAUAUAUAUAUACAUAUAAAUAUAUCUAUUUCUUCAAUAAAAUUGAUACAUUAGAUUGGACGAACUCUUGAAGAACUCUUUAUGUAAGAGCUUAUUAAAAGAAACUGAUUGUUGCUUAAACAAAAAAAGCAUUGAAGGAAAAGGGUGUUUUUGACAGAAUCUAUAAUUCAUGCUUGUGUUGCAAUGCAUAGACAAUCUUGUGAAUACUGUGACAAAAUGCAUUACAUUCAUCAAAAAGGAAAAGAACACUUGAUGUUUCUUUUAAAUAUAUGUGUAGUUAGAUGUUGUAAACAUUGUAUGUAACAGAAUAUACUUUUGUGAAUAAUGUGGUUUCCACCCCCAUACCUCCCUAUUGUAUAAAGAAAAAAUUCUUUUUAUCCAUGGGAAGAUAAUUUCCUUUGCUGCCCUAUUGUGGUUUGGAAAAAAAAUCAUCUUUAUAUCAGGUGGUCAAUACUGUUCUGUUUCCCUGUUGUUUGUUGAAGUUUGUUACACGAAGUACGAUAAAGGGAAUAUUAUAUUUGCAUUUGUUAAUGAUAUCCACUGUAAAAAUCCUAUCUGAUUUUUCUCUGUCUUUAUAUUUUUAUUCCUAAUCAAAACAGGAUUGUGAGCAAUUUGAAAAUAUGCAACAAAACAGAUAUAAUUAAUCAUAUGCAUUAACUGCUUAAAAUUAGUUUAUUCCUUAACUACAUUUAUAUUGACUGAUAGAAUUCUUUAUUAAAUUUGUUUUCUUUAAAGUUCAGUCUAAAGGAGCAUUUUUUUAUUCACAUCUGCAGUGGUGGCUUAUGACUUAAAAAGGUAAUAUCUGCUCAUAAACUUUUUUAAAAUUUAAAAUUACAAAAGCACUUUGUUUAUUAUCAAUUGAACCAAUUUCAAAUUUUGCAGAAAAAAUAAUUAACCAAGUAAUGUGUGACUAAAUAAUUGUAAGUACAAAGAUCUCCUUGCUUUAUGUAUAUAUGAUAAAAGAAUAUAUAUAAUAAAGAAAACUGAAGAUUUUGAAGAAAAAAAUCCUAAUUAGGGUCUUGGUGACCUAUAUAACGAGUCAUCACUGCUUUGCAAAAAUAUAUAUGAAAAAAGCUUGUUUUUGUUUAAUAUUGUUUAUAUUAGUAGAAAAUAUGACAUGUACAAUGAUAAAUUCAUUAGACAUUUUUAGAGAAUUUUUUUUCUUUUUUUGUGCUUAAAUUACUAAAAUUUACGAUUAAAAAAUAAAUAUUAGUUAUAUACGAAUGUCAUCACAUCGACUUUAUAAACUAAGUUAUUUCAAUUCAUGUGGACCAAAAGUGAACCUUUUUAAACAGUUGGAUUUACCUUAAAUUUAUUUUAAUGCAUGCGUGAUAUUCAUACAGUUUUUUUUUCCUGUUAUUUUUUAUGCAUUCUUUGUGAAGUGUUGGCCUCCAUCACAUUUCAUGUGGUUUCUAAACCACUUGUGCAUGGAAUAGUUGUUUAUGUAUUAAUAUAAAAUACAAUUAUGGAAAUAAAAUAAAAAAAAUUGUGUCAAUGUC